CAAAAUGAAUACGAUAUCAUUAAAGUCUCAAAUUAAGACAAAAGCAGUUACCGUAAAUUUUGUUGAUGCAAUUUAUCCUUAUGUAUGCGAAUAAAGACAUUAAAAGCGAUAUUGAAUUUUUUAUGAACAAGUAUUUAUACAUACCAACAUUUCAUUUUUAAACAUUAAUUUAUUUUAUCAUGUUCUUUCAAUCUUCAAGAAUUCAUCCUCUCUUUCUCUUUUCUAAAAGUCUGAGGUUUGGUUCUCGCGCAUUUAAUAAUAGACCAUUACCCUCAAAAUCUUUAGCUCAGGAAAUUAAUGACAUUACUUUUAAGUUGAAAAAUUUAAAGUUCAUUCAGGAUUCGUCAUCUCAAAAGUAUUUGGACGAUGAUGCGUUAAAAGAUAUUCCUAGAAAGAAAGGGAUUUUUCACUUGCAGAAUGUGAAUCAUGUUAAAAAUUUGAUUGACUUUGCUCGCUCUAAAAGUGCGACAGUGCGUGUUAUGGGGGCUGGACAUUCGGUUCAGGAAGCCAUUUAUGCUCAAAACGAUAACCAUAUUCACGUAACUUUGGGAGGGGAACUUAUUAAGGUUCACAGUAUAGAUUCUAAUACUGGGUAUGUUAAUGUAGGAGCAGGAUGCAAAUUAGGAAUUGAUCCUUCUGACGAGAAUUCAUCCGAACAAACUUCUUUUAACUAUCAAGUCAAUGAGAAAGGACUUGCUCUCCCUAUUUUAGGUGGUAUGAGCCAUCAAACCAUAGCAGGUUUUCUUCAAACCUCUACCGCGGGUGGGUCUUUGAGUCAUACUAUUGGCGAUGUUUUAGAAGAAAUAGAGUUUGUCAACGGAAAAGGAGACGUUGUUACCUUAAAUAGAAAUGAAGAAGAGGAUAAGUUUAACGCUUCAGUAGUAUCUAUGGGAUUGUUUGGGAUAAUUACUAGGGCAAGUUUUAAAUUGCCUAAAAAAUAUUUAGUAGAGGGAGAAGAAUCUAAUAAAGAAUUCGAAAAAUCUUCAUUGGUGAGUCAAAAUGGACAUUAUGAAAAAUUAUUAAAUGCUCUAAGAAAUAAAGAAUAUUUUCACAUGAAUUGGUUUCCGCAAAAAGGAGUCAAACGUACUAUAGAAUGGUACGGAAAACAAGUUAGUCAGGGUGAAGUACUGGAAUAUAAUCAUCCAAUAAAAGACCUAGGAACGUCCAUCAUGUUGACUAUAGUCCUUGGUGGUAUUAACAAUUUAAUGAAAAUAUAUGAAUAUGAUGAAACAGCCCAAAAAAUAAUCGCGGAUUAUCUUAAUCAAUUUAUUCCAGUUCUUUAUGAAAAACCUUCUUCAUUUAGAGAUCACUGGUAUAAAGCUUUACCUAAUGACGAUCAAGCAGAUGUUGAUGGUUUAUUGAAAACUACAUUCACAGAAAUUUGGGUUCCAUUGGAUAAAAUUGACGUUACGAUGCAGAAAUUAGAGAAAUUAUUUGAUAAACAUCCCUCAUAUGCUGGCAAUUUUGCGAUAGAACUCUAUGGUGCUAAAAAAUCUCCUUAUUGGAUGAGCCCAUCUUUUGGUCGUGACGUUUUUAGAGUAGAUCCAUAUUGGUGGACAUAUAACGUUGGUGAUCCUCGCGAAUAUUUUGAAAAUUAUUGGAAUUUAUUAUUACCGAUAGAUGGUGCUAGGUUGCAUUGGGGAAAACAUAUGCCAGAACCUGGUAAAAAGUAUGGAAAAUAUACAUUCGGUAUUGACUUCUUACACAGCCGCUACCCAAAGCUAACUAAAUGGUUAGAAAUCAGAAAUGAAAUGGAUCCAGAUCAAAUAUUUGUAACCGACUAUUGGCGGAAAUUAUUUAAUAUUAAACCCUUAAACGAGUAGUAAAUUUACACAAGAUCUUAUAUUAAGCAGAGUUUUAUGAGUGUUUUAUGUAGAACAGAUAAAUGAGAAAAACGAGAAGUAAAAUUUGUAAAUUAUCAAAAUAAAUUCAUAUUUUAUACCUGUAAUAAUAGCGUUAAAGAAAAUUUUUAUAUAAUUCUGGCAACCCAUCAAUAUUCUCUCUCAGUCCUAUUUUGUGCCUCAGAAAAAAUAAUAAUACAUUAAUGAAAAAAUAGCCUGACCGGAAUCGCCACCUUUUAAAAGAAAAAAUCAUGUGACUGCGUGAAACAAAUUCACGCACUUUGCUAAAGAAAAACAAUAAUUUGAUUAGCCGGUCAUAUCGUGAUUUAAAAGAUCCAACUCAUCACCAUGUUAGUGCUAGAAAAACUAGGUGAUCCUUGUGAAACGAUAUACGUUAUGCGAUUUUGUAGAUUGAUAAAUUUAAUUUCUAAUUUACCGA